AUGAACCCCGCCCCGACUGCCCUUCCAGGCCCCUCUUCCUCGUCCACUACAACUUCUUCGGCGACUAUCACCCGCUCCUCCUCAAGCAAAUCGCUUUCUCCCGCCGAUUUCAAAUCGCCCUCCUACCCGCAAUAUGUCGAAUCUCCCUCUCUUGGUGCCUGGUCGCCGAAAGGCGGGCAACCAAUUCCAAAGACAACAGGAAACUCACCGUCGACAAAUUCGAAACGCCGUUCGUCGAGACCACAGACGCCGAGACCACCAUCCUCCUCUUCGUCUCCUUCGGCUUCAAGGAUUUCUAGCCACCGCUCCGCUAUGAACCCCCCUGCCACUCCAGUGGCUGCCCACUCCACCCCAUCUUCCUCAUCUGCCCUAUCUCCAGCAUCCAAAGCGCCCACUACCCCUUCAACCUCCACCGAGCGCCAUUCUAAAUCCUCAUCCCCCCCUAAACGUGCUCGGCAUUCAGAUCCUUUGGUCAACUAUUUACCCUCACUAUACCAACACUGUCCCACCCAGGAUCUCGUUUACCUGAUAAGCGACAUGCUCCUUGAAUUGGUCGGCUUAAAUGACAAAAUUCCACUCUCCGGUGCCGGUUUGACUAGAUUUCACUCCCGAGCGCCCCCGACUAUCUCAAUUCCCGAUUACCUCUCUCGUUUAGCCCUCCACGCCUCACUCCAGCCAUCAAUCCUUCUGUCAAUGGUUUACUACAUUGAUAUACUCUCAACACAUUAUCCCCCGUUUGUUGUCUCCUCACUAACGGUCCAUCGGUUUCUCAUCACAGCUGCGACAGUAGCGACCAAGGGGCUCUGCGACUCAUUUUUGACCAAUGGAUUCUACGCCAAGGUUGGGGGUGUCAGCCUAAUGGAACUUAAUUUGUUAGAGUUGGAAUUUCUGGUCAGGGUGGGGUGGAGGAUUGUCCCGAAGGGAGAGGUUCUGGAUGAGUACUAUCGAAGCCUAGUUGGCAGGUGCCAAUCGAGAUACGCAAUCUCGGUAACCACGGUUGGCGGCCAUGAAGAAAGUGACACUCCUCCUGGACCAAGCUCCAGCUCAACAGCCUCUGAGCCUAGGCAGGACGCCUCAUCUUCAGUAGGCGAGGGGGGUGAGGCGGGCAGGUGACAACGUAUGCAUAAAGCAGGGUUUCCUUGGCCAAAAACAAGGCACUGUUUUUACGUCCCUUGGGCUAUUCUUAUCAUUACUAUAUUGUGUGGCUCAGUCCAUUUCUUUUUGUUCAGACUCAGGAGUUCAUGUU